CAGAACCUAGACCACCCAUGGAAUCAUCUCAGCAAUCACUAUUCUCUACUGAAGUGCCAAAAAAGAUCUCCAAGCCAGCAAGGUCAGAUGUCAUCAUGUCAUCUAAUCCUGCCUCGCCAGUGUUAAUAGACGGAGAUGAAUUUUCGACAGAGAGUGAAUCUGAGAAUCCAGCAGUUCGUCCAGGCAAAAAAAUCCUUAAGGAUAAAAAGCGAAUCCGAAAUCGAAAAUUCACAUUCCAUGAAAACCUAGUCUUAAUUGAGAACCUUGUUCCACAUUUUCACAAGCUCCUUGGAAACAGAGCAGCUGCUACGGAGUCAGCAUGGAAAAACACAAUCUGGAAGCAAAUUGCAGAUGCAGUUACGAGUGUGGGUGUCUCUCCACGAUCAGCAGAUCACGUACGUAAGCGGUACCAGGACAUUCGGCUUCUACUAAGGCGCAAGAUUUCGGAUGAAAACAAGAGCAGAAAAGCAACAGGGGGUGGCCCUGAGAAGAAAACAGUUUACCACCAGUAUGAAGAGUUACUGCGUCCAUACAUAGAUCUAGAUUCCAUUGUUGGCAUCAAGGCUGGUUUUGAUACCUCGAGGCACCAUGAAAACGAGCAACAUAAUGCAGCUCAACACACCUAUCGCCAGCAGAAGCUCUCCUUUAUGGCCAAACUAACUGAACUCUUAGAAGCACAUCUGCCAUCUCCUGGUGAGCAAUCUCAUAAUGCUCGGAAUCUAACCAGCAGCAACCACAGCAGUUUUGUAUGUGAAAGUAUUAUCGAAAAUGAUGCUAAUGAUAAUUUUACUAUUCAGGAUAUGUAAAUGUUAUAAGAAGUACAAUUUUUUUUUUUUAAUACAUUUCACAUAAUUCACAACUGAGUUUGAAUUUAAAGAGCUUGCAAACAUUUGUUCUUUAAAUUUUUACUCAGCACGCAACAUUGUUAAGUCAUAUAUUGCCCAAAGUUGACUGCUAUAUUGAUGCUUUCUCCAGUUAAAUAUCUCAUUUGACCAUGUCGUUGCAGAUCUGUACCAAAUAUGUGUAAUCAACAUGACGUUUGUAUUUGAGUUUUAGAUGUUUCAAUGGCCAUCAUUGAUCAAGCUGGUUGGAUGACCAAUGAAACGUCUUUAGACAGUUAUGUAGCUUUGAUUUUAUUUUCAAUAGAUAUACAAUUAAUGUUAUAUGGGAUUUUUUCUAUGACAUUAUUGCCUCUGAAAACAUUUCAAAAAGGUUGAGAAUUAUGUGAAAUCUAUUUUUAUCUUUCAAGCAUGUUCUAGUAUUCAUUACUGUUAUCAUUACGGUUUUCCGAAUUGUUGGUAUAUACACGUUGAAAUGCAAGUGCAACAAUAUUGUCAAAUAUUUGUUUUAACAUGUAUAUUUUUUGUUCGAAAGCAGAACCAUUUUUUUGUUGUAAGGCAAAAAAGUGGUAGGAUUGUUGAAAAGUAGAAGUGAACUAUCAAUAAUACUAGAGUUGAAGUUACAGAGUAGAGAUAUAAUUCAUCAGCACUACAUAAAAGCAUCAAUCAUAUUCGUUCAAUAGGAGAAUACAUCACAUAACAUCACGUCUACGCAUUUGAAACAGACAGAGUUGUCCCUUUGUCACAGCAGAAAAUCUGGAAAAUGUGACAGGUUUUUCAUGCUUUUCUUCCGUCAGGAAGGCACACUAUUGGUUCUAAAUUUUUUUUUUUAUAUAUUUUAUCCACGUGGAUGUAAAUUAUUGAUAUUUUCACUCAAGUGCUUGGAUUUGUAUCUGUACUCUGUGACUAAACUGCGCCAUCCAUUGUUGUUGUCACAGCAAGGACCAUGUUUCUCUGUGUGGUUUUCAAAAGUAAUGUGUAUUUUCUCCUAUGAAGAAUAAAGCAAAGUAGCUGAUAAUUGCAAUCUUGAUAUCACCUGUGUUUCUGUAAAGUUUAAAACAAAAUAUACAUAUUUUAGUUGCUGACGUCGUCUUCUUCGCCAGUAGUUUAAUUCAUAUUAAAAAAACAAACAUCCAAAUGGUUCCAUACUCCAUCUUGCCCAACCAUAUAUUUUUGAUGUUGUGUUGGCUGUAAUUUGAUUUUCUGUUACUUUUGAAACCACAUGUUAUUGGUAUGGAAUGUAGGUAUCAUUUCCUGACUAAUGAGGUUAAAAAUGUUUCUGCAAGUUGUAGACGACCGCUUUUCCAUCUUUCAAAUGCUCUGCCUGGAGUAGUUAACAUUUUAACUAACGUGCAUUGUUUCUCAGUAAUGAAAUGAGUGAUGGUAACUGCGGUGUGGGGUGGAGAGGAGAAAUUAAAAUAUAUAUAACAUUUGGGGUAAUGGUAGAUGACUAUAGGCAACCAAAGGUAGAGUUAAGUGACCAGUGAUGAAGGUGAUGAUAUACAAAACAAUAAAUCACACCAAAAAUAUAAUAUUAUGAUUCAAUUAUUGUGUUAUUUAUUGGUUUGCAUAUCAACGGCUUCUUUACAGGUCACUUACUCUCCUUACCUUAGGUUGGCUAUAGCCAUCUGCCAUUACGCCAAUUGGUGGUAUUUAUUUUAGUUUUAUUUCAUUUCUCCCCUCUCCCACACAGCGCAGUUAACAGCACUCAUUUCAUUCACCAUCUUUCUGGCAAGGACAGGUUUCAGGCAACUGCAGCAUUUCAACUGUCUUUGGCACACAGUUCGGUCUUCUAUUUUAUUGCUUCUCACUAAUGUCAAAAAAAUGUUGGUACUUAUUAGCAGAUGAACAGAAUUUUUGCGUGUAUAACCCACACUUACACUUGUUGCAAUAAAGAAUUCAAACACA